GACCCAGCUACUGUUUGACACUGGGUUACUGGAAAGUGCGCACAUAGAGAGGAUGAGGACUCUGCUUUUGCUGCUGCCGCUGCUGCUCUGUCCCCCCGCCGGGGGGGCUCAGCGGCCCCCCGAGGCUGUCAGAGAGUACUUCAUAGCAGCAGUAGAGAUUGGUUGGGACUACAUCCACCUGGCAGAUGGGGACCGUGCACCGGGUCAAAGAGGGGGAUUUAAAGCUAUUACUCAAAAAUACAUCAAGGCAGUCUACAGGGAGUACACAAAUGCUACAUUCACUAUCCCCAGACCGAGACCAGCCUGGACAGGUAUUCAGGGCCCGGUGAUCGUGGCCCAGGCUGGUGAAAGAGUGGUGGUCCACUUCAAGAACCUGGCAUCUCAGCCUUACAGCAUCAGCCCUGUGGGAAUCACCUACUGGAAGCAGUCUGAAGGAGCUGGUUAUGAUGACUCCACAGCAGGCCAGGAGAAGGAGGAUGAUGCAGUCCCACCCGGUGGAUAUUAUAAGUAUAUCUGGGACAUCAGCCCCAACGAUGGCCCGACCAUCAGUGACCCGGACUGCCUCACAUACUCCUACUCCUCCCAAGUGGACACGGUCCGUGACAUGAAUUCUGGACUCAUCGGAGCCCUUCUCAUCUGCAAACCGAGUGCGUUUACAGAGGACGGCCAGAGGAAAUUCCAAGCAUUUGUCCUUCUGUUUGCUGUAUUUGAUGAGACCAAAAGCUGGUAUGGAGAAGUGGGGGAGAGGAUGAGCAGGGAGAAGUUUAGAAGAAGCGAUGGCAGGAAGGAAUAUCACACCAUCAAUGGAUAUGUCAACUCCACUUUAUCUGGUUUAACAGUGUGUCAAGGCUAUGAUCCGGUGUUUUGGCAUAUGAUUGGGUUAGGCACUACGCCCGAGAUCCAUUCCCUCCGCUUCCAGGAUCACACGCUGCAGGUGCUAAACCAUCGUAAAGUCACAGUGGAAGUGACUCCAAUGACUUUCGUCACUGCAGAAAUGAGACCUGCAACUAUAGGCCGGUUCCUCAUCAGCUGUCAGAUCCAUGCGCAUCGCUAUGAUGGCAUGAAUGCGCUGUUCACGGUGGAGAAAUGCCCCGAUCCCGUCCCCAAGGAUCUGCGACAUGUCAAAACAGAUGAUGAUUACGACGGAGGUGAUGAAGAAGACGGGUUUAGUUACAAUGCAAUUCAGUUUCUACCUAAGGGACCACAAUUGCAGGCCAGAUCUGGCGGAGGACAGCAGUCCGGCAUAUGGAGGCAUUUUAUUGCUGCUGAGGAAGUCACCUGGAACUAUGCUCCUCACCUGAAUCCCACAGACAGUGAGUUGCAGUCCAGAAAUUUGCCUCCAUCUCCACACCACCAUGGAUACACAUAUAAAAAGGUUAUGUUUGUGGAAUACACUGAUGAAUUCUUUACUGAGAAGAAAAAUCCCUCUGAGUCACUGCUGGGUCCCAUUUUGAAAGGAAGAGUCAACGAUAAAAUCUAUAUUAUUUUCAAAAACUUAGCCAGUCGCCCAUUCAAUAUCUACCCCAAUGGUCUUACCAAGGUCCUUCCAUUCGAUGUUAAUGCUGCUGUGCAUGACCUGCGCUCAUUGGGAAUUCCUCCCAACAAGACAUUUGUCUACAUCUGGAAGAUUACCUCUGAUGACGGACCCUUGGAAGGAGACCCCCAGUGUCUGACUCAGCUGUAUCAAAGCACCAUCUCCCCAGAGCAGGACCUGGCCUCUGGGUUGGUGGGUACCCUGCUCAUCUGCAAGUCCAACGCCAUCGGCACCAGAGGAAAUCUGCAAAGUGGAGACAAGAAGCAGAGUCUGAUAUUUACUGUGUUUGAUGAGAACAGAAGUUGGUACUUUAAGGAAAACAUGCAGAGGUCAGUUCUAAGCUCCUACAACACCAGCGACCCAGAGUUCUACAAGUCCAACGUCAUCUAUAGUAUAAACGGCAUCAUGUUUAGCAAGCGUCAGUUUGUCAUGUGUCAGACGGAUGUCUCUCUCUGGCAUGUGGCCAACGUGGGAACCAGGAGCGAGUUCCUCUCCGUAUAUUUUACGGGAAACCUGUUUCAGUACCAAGGCCUCUACCAGUCUGUCCUUACCCUCUUCCCCAUGACGGCUGUUACUAUUCCCAUGGAGACAGAGGUGAUCGGUGAGUGGGAGAUAAGUGCCUUCGACAGCAACCUCAGGAGCCGGGGAAUGAGCAUCCGUUACACUGUCCGUCCCUGCAACGAUGUAACGUAUUCUCUGGUCGACAAUGACUUGACUUAUGAAGAUAUCUCUGAGUAUGUGGACAGGAUAGAUCAGCCAAGGGGCUUGAGACCUGAAAAUGGCACAGUGUUGGUUCGGGAGUGCAGGAACUCUGCCGUCAACAACACCAGUGACCAAAAUGUGACUUUGGUCAGAGAUAAGGAGGCCCUUUGUAAACUAAGGAGAGUGCCAGUGGCGUCGGUGAAAAGAGAACAAGUUUCUACAGACGAAGGGAUCCCAGAAGAUAUCCUGGCGAAAGUAGAGAGAGACGGGAGUUGGAAAGCUCCUGAAAAUCAGAACCAAGCAAAAGACAACAGAGGUGGGAGGCAGAAACGAGAGGCAGGUGGGAACUGGACACAAAACAACGACAUCUCCCUAAACGCCAAAGCAUCAACGGGAGAAAAGAUCCCACCUGGAAACACAAUCUCUCCAAAAGAGGACAUGAGUGAAAACUACAUCUAUUCUGAUUCUGAGAGUCUUUUAGAUGAUAUGUUGGACGUUGACUACAACUUAACUGAUGGCAACACAACAGAGGUCAAUCUAUCCUUAGACUAUGAUGACUACAACAACUACAACAGUGAGGGGAAUGCUUCAUCAGAAACAUUUGGCACAGAGUUAUACGGCCCCCGCUCUGGAGAAACAAGACCCCGUCACUACUACAUCGCUGCAGAGGAAAUCACCUGGGAUUAUGGCAUCAAAACACCAUACCAGCUCAUUAAGCCCAGGGAGAUGCGAAGGGGGAUGAGAAAAUUUCUUCCAGAAUAUAAGAAGGUGGUUUAUCGUGCUUACACGGAUAAAACCUUCAAGCAGCCAGUCUAUCGAGGAGAGCUUCAAGAACACUUGGGAAUCAUGGGACCUGUUAUCAGAACUGAAGUCUAUGAUCUCCUCACAAUUACCUUUAAAAACAAUGCAAACAGGCCCUACUCUCUUCAUCUUCAUGGGGUAUAUGACCGAAACCAACAGGCUGGCCUCAUACAAAACAACGGGCCUCCUGCUGUUCCUGGAGAACCUGUUCCUCCUGGAAAGACUCAGGUUUAUUACUGGAAAAUAAACAAGAAACAAGGACCCUCAGAUCCGGAGUUUGACUGCAAGACUGGAGCCUACUACUCCACUGUGGACAAGGAAAGGGACAUUCAUUCUGGUCUGAUCGGUCCACUUGUGAUCUGUAAGCCUGCAACCCUGCAGAAUAACAUCAACACCCAGCCAGGUAUCCAGGACUUCUCCCUGCUCUUCCACACCUUUGAUGAAACUAAAAGCUGGUACCAUGAAGAGAAUCUGCUGAGGUACUGCGCUCCCCCCUGUCAGGCCAACACAGAGGAUCCAUGGUACCACACUAGCAAUAAGUUUGCAGCAAUAAAUGGUUAUGUGGCCGAGACUCUACCUGGUUUGAUUGUGGCCCAGCAUCAGCCAGUGAGAUGGCACCUUCUAAACGUCGGAGGUGACAGAGAGUACCAUGCAGUCCACUUCCACGGUCUGCCUUUCACUGUCCACGCUACACAAGAACACCGAAUGGGGGUCUUCAGCCUUUUUCCUGGUGUUUUUGGGACGGUGGAGAUGAGACCCCCCACUGUGGGGACAUGGCUGGUGGAGUGCACUAUCGGAGACUACCAGCUGGCUGGGAUGAGAGCCAAACUCUUGGUCUAUGAUCCACGAUGUGUCUUACCUCAGGGAAUGAAAUCAGGGCGGAUCGAAGACUCCCAGAUUACUGCAUCAGAUCACAGCGGUAACUGGGAGCCAAAGCUGGCCAGGCUCGAUAUGACUGGUUACUACAACGCCUGGAUGGGAAAAGGCACCAGAUCAUGGCUUCAGGUUGAUCUGCUGAGGCCCACCCUGCUGCAUGGUAUACAGACUCAGGGGGUGAGCUCAAAGCUCAGGGACCACUACACGGCCAUCUUUAGUGUCUCCUACAGCAUCGACCGAGAGACCUGGACAACUUACAGAGGAAACAGCUCAAAUUCCAAAAAGAUAUUUCGUGGCAACCUGGACAGCACUAAGGUGAAGGACAACAGCUUCUCUCCACCGUUUGUGGCUCGCUACGUCAGGAUUCAUCCACACGGCUAUAAGCAGAAACCGGCUCUAAGGCUGGAGCUGCUUGGAUGUGAUCUUAACAGUUGCUCUUUGCCUCUGGGUCUUGAGAAGGGGUUGAUUCCAGACAGCAGCUUAAAUGCCUCUUCGUUCUAUUGGUCUUUCACGAGAAGCUGGAGACCCAGCCUGGCUCGCCUCCACCAGAGCGGCGGAGCCAACGCCUGGAGACCAAAGAAUAACAACCCCCAUGAGUGGCUGCAGGUGGAUUUGGGGAAGAUCAAACGGGUCACAGGUGUCAUCACUCAAGGCGCACGUUCGAUGCUGACCCAGAUGAUGGUGACGGAGUUUUCAGUCACAUUCAGUCAGGAUGGACAUUCCUGGAGCAGCGUGCUGGAGAAGAGCUCUCAGAGAGAAAGGAUCUUCACAGGCAACGACGAUCCAGACGAGGAAGCUUUAACGGUUUUCGAGCCUCCUUUGUUCGCCCACUACCUUCGUAUCCACCCACGGGGCUGGGUUAAUGACAUCGCCCUCCGCCUGGAGGUGUUGGGCUGCGACACACAGCAGGGGGUCGGACGGCAGAGGACCAACACGCCGUAGCCGGGCAGAUUUAACCCCACCUGUUUUAUUUCUUUGGAGAAUGAGCUAUGUAGUGCACUUAAGUUAUGGCUGUAGCUGUUUUUUUUUUCCUGUAGCCAAAACAUUGUUUACAUUUUCACUUGUUUUAUUGUUGCUGCUGUGAUGUAUGAUGAAGGGCAUAGUUAUAUUAAGACUAUAUAGAAGUAAAUCUUUUAGGAAAGCUUAAACAUUUCUAUGCUGGUAACCUUUUGAAUGUAAGCAGGUGUAAAUAUUUCAGACUUCAUUGCUGUAGACUGUUUAAGUAGUUGUGUAUCAUUUAAAAAAAGCUGUAUUUUUCUGUUUUAUUUGAGGUAUUAAACUAUGAACUUCA